UCGCUCCUUGAUGUGAAGUGGCGGGUGAAAAUAGCGACACUUCUCUCGGAAACAUCUGUCCUGUAGAGGGACGAAUAAGUGAGCUAGAGUGAGCUAGCUGUGUUCGUGCGAGAGGGCGGGAUUCGUACGCGAUGAGGCUGAAACUGAGCUACCAAGAACACCCUAAACAUUCUGAGCUGGUAAGCUGCGUGACUUGGGGAAGCAGUUCAGAGCUAUACUCUGUCGGAGACGACCACCUGAUUCUCAAAUGGGACUUCAAGUCUGGCGAAACUACACAGGUUGCUCCACUGCAGAAGGGAACGUAUGUGACUCAUAUUGACUGGCUCCCAGCACAAGCAGCAGGUGGAGGCAGGAAACAGUCCUCCCGCCCAGAGAUAUUUGUUCUCACGUGCACCGACGGUCGUUUUCUGUUGGUGUCGAGUCUGGGUCGAGUAGAGAAGGCCGUGGAAGCUCACAAAGGAGCUGUGCUGGGAGCUUUAUGGAGCCAUGACGGAACUGCUCUUCUCACUAAUGGGGAAGACGGAGCAGUCAAGAUUUGGUCACGUUCGGGGAUGCUACGAACCAGUCUAGCCCAGUCAGCGUCUCCAGUCUAUUCCACUUCCUGGUCACCGGACUCGGACCAAGUCCUCUAUACUAAUGGGAAGUCCCUAGUAAUAAGACCACUACAGCCGGCGGCAAAGCCCACCCACUGGAAAGCGCAUGACGGUGUCAUUCUAGUGGCCGAUUGGAGCACUGCUAACAAUACUAUCGUUUCUGGUGGAGAGGACCGCAAGUACAAGUUGUGGGAUUGCUACGGUCGCUGUCUCUAUUCGUCACUACUCCAUGACUCUCCAAUUGCUUCCCUUUCGUGGUCCCCUGAUGGAGAGCUGUUCUCAGUGGGAGCUUUCAACACGUUGAGACUGUGCGAUAAGAGUGGGUGGUCCCACUGUCUAGAGAAGCCCAGUACGGGAACAAUAGGAGCUCUGACAUGGUCUAGUGAUGGGACCCAGUUUGCUUGUGCCUGUUCCAACGGCCAGACUCUCCUUGCACAAGUAGUCAAUAGACACCUCGAGUGGCACAAUCUGGAAGCGGUGGUAGGCGAAGACAGUAUCAUUAGAGUCAAAGAUGUUUUGACGGACGCCGAGGAACGCUUAGAGCUCCACGAUCGCAUCGUCAAGGUGUCCCUCGGUUGGGGUCACUUGGUUGCCAUCACACCCUUACAAGGCUUCAUAUACAACUCUCGUAACUGGACGACACCGGUCACUUUCGACCUCAAGACUACAACCGUUUCUCUGCUACUGCUGACCGACCGACAUUUCCUGGUGGCCGACAAUGUCUCAGGAUUACUAGUCUACUCUUACGAGGGUCGACUAGUGAGCACAGUCAAGUACCCGCGAGGGUCUGUGGCUUCACUCAGUGUUCUGACCGUCUCAAUUUCAGUCGAUACCAUUGCAAUCCGAGACAAGAAGGAAGAAAAAGUUGUCCACCUUUUUGACGUGGCCAGCGGUAAAGAACUGAGGGAAGGGAAGCCUCUAUGCCACAAGGUUGAGAUAGUGAGUCUGUCGCUGAGUCAGAGUGGUCCCGGCUCCCAGCGACAGCUGGCCUUCCUGGACCAAAACCACGACCUCUUUCUGACGCUGGUCAGGGAGACCACGCCCACUCAAACCUACCAAACUGUCAGUCUAGGAGGUAUGGUGGGCAGCAUAGCGUGGAACGACAGUACCAACAUGCUGGCAGCUGUGACAGACGGUCGACUAGCCGUCUGGUACCAUCCGCUGGUGGCAUUCACAAACAAAGACCUUCUGCCACAGACACUAGUUAGACAAGAAGACAGCAACUUCAAAAAGAGUGCACAACUAGUGCAGUUUGUGGGCAACUGUUGUGUUCUUCGUAGAGACGAUGGUGCCCUUAUUACCACCAGACCCCAAAAGACAACAGUUUACUACUGAAAUAAGAUCACCGUACUCAUUAUAUGGACACUUUCUUUCUUGUGGUGUCCGGAUUAGAGAGGUUCCACCUUAUAUGGCAGCUUAAUGGACUAAUAUCUAACUUCCCUCUGACUGUAUUACAGUGUGUCUCCAUUCCCUGCUAUCCUUCAUCAAUAUGCCGCCUCAUCCAAAUGGGACGCAGCCACAAAACUCUGCCGCUUCGUGAAGGACCCAGCUCUCUGGGCGUGUUUAGCUGGGAUGGCAACUAAUGCCAGAGACCUCAACACAGCUGAGGUGGCCUAUGCUGCAGUCAACGAGAUUGAUAAAGUCCACUACAUUGCCGAGAUCAAGGCUCUGCCGAGUGCAGAAUGCCGGAACGCCGAACUGGCCCUGUUUUCUCACAGACCGCAGCACGCCGAGGCCAUCUACCUCCAGGCUGGAAUGGUCUACAAAGCUAUUCAGCUCAACACUGACCUUUUCAACUGGGAGAGGGCUCUUCAGCUGGCUCUGAAGCACAAGACUCACGUGGACACAGUUCUUGCAUUCCGUGAGAAACACCUCACCGAGCUGGGCUCCAAAGAGACCCUGGCCAAGUUUAUAGAAUGCCAAGGAAAGGUAAAGAUUGACUGGGAUACCAUUAGGUCCAAGAUUGAAAAUGAAGAAAACAGAGGACUGCAAUAAAAACCUAAUAUCUUGUAUGUAAUAGAAGUGAUGUAACACAAGUGAUACAAAACGCAUGAACAUCUGUCUGAUCUACUGUAAAAGACUCAAGAUGAGUAGGCCGAAGCUAAUGGCUAGUGUGGACGGCAGUGCCAUAAUAAUGGAACAACACGCAAAGCUUUUGUCUUCUCCACGAACGUUCAACUGCGUGAGAGUGAAGUUGAGACUCAGUCUACCGUCGUUUGGUACCUCGACUCCCUUCUGGCACAUGGAGGAAAAUCCGUCUGCGUACACUGCAACAGAGUACACACCGGGGGAAAGGAGACGCCAGUAUUCACCGUCCUUAGUUGUUGUCACCGAGUGAUUCCUACCAACAAUAUCAAUACUGGCAUUUGCAAUUGGUUUGCCCCUUUCGUCUGUAACGAAUCCGGCCAGGCCUUUGUGGACCUCGCUAAUUAAUGCAAGGAGCGGUACUCUGUUUUCUGCCCAUAUGUCAGGCAGGUCUGCGGCAUAGGGGAACUUUACGCAACCCUGCUCAAUUGUGAUCUCGAAACAGUUCGAGUUCAAGUAGUUGUAGUCUUGCAUCCCACCGUUGACGCUGUACCAGUCGGCUCCGUUAGUGAUACCGUCCGUAAACGCAUCUCCGCACGUGUCUCCGAGGUGCAUAGUGGGAUGCGAAAAGGAGUAAGCUUUCGCCAGUUGAAUAAAGAUAUCGUCGUCCGGCGAUCUGCUGUAAAUUGAGCGUCCGUCCUCCGUGGCGUCGUACGGAUAGUUCGCGACCAGGGCUCCGUUGUGCAAAUUUGCAGACAGGACGAAUGGGUAGUCUUGAAUCCAUUCAAUGACGGCCUGCGUCUCCGGCUGAAUGGGAGGCGAAUCCUCCGGAGACUUGAAACGGUCGGGGAAAUUCCUAUUUAGGUCGAAGCCGUUGGCGUUUCGGCGACCGGUAGUUCCGCCGACAUCGCCUUCGUACGCUUCGGCGUAUCCGUCCGGAUUCAUGGCGGGUAGGAGGUGGAUGCGAGUCGAGUCCACGAGCUCCGUGACGCCGUCGUCAACGGCGUACAACUCGCAGAGGUACUGCAUGAGAUAGAGUAGCGUCUCCCGCCCCGUCACCUCGUUCCCGUGCAUGUUGGCGACGUACUUGAACUCGGGCUCGCCUGGCUCGUGAACGCCCGGGUUGUCGCUAAUCUCUAUCACCCACAGGUCGACUCCCUCCACGCUCUGCCCUAUGGAAUAGAGCCGGGCGAUGUGGGGAAACUCGCCGGCGUAGCUCUGCAUUAGGUCGUACAGGGCAUCCUGGUCGUGGUGGUACAAUUCGUACGGGACGGUUGCCCGGCGCUGCGUUAGCGACGCCGGGGAACCGUGUAGGACGUGGACGCCUAGAGAAAACGCCACAAACAACGAGGAUAAGAAACGCAUCAUUCUC